CAGAGCGCGGGGACCUCGGAGGGAGCCCGGCGCGGCGGAUGCGGCAGGCGCCAUGAGCUCCCCGGCCGGGCUGCUGUCGGGGGCUGCCUCUCCCAGCGGCGAGGACGGCUUCUUCCCCUUCGUGAUGGAGCGGCGGGACUCGUUCCUGGGGGGCGGCCCCGGGCCCGAGGAACCCGCCGACCUGGCCCUGCAGCUGCAGCAGAAGGAGAAGGACCUGCUGCUGGCCGCGGAGCUCGGCAAGAUGCUUCUGGAGCGCAGCGAGGAGCUGCAGCGGCGGCUGGAGGCGCUGAGCGCACAGCACGCGGAGCGGGAGGAACGGCUGCAGCAGGAGAACCACGAGCUCCGCCGAGGUCUGGAAGCCCGAGGAGCGGAGUGGGAGGCCCGGGCCGUGGAGCUGGAGGGCGACGUGGAGGCCCUGCGCGCGCAGCUGGGGGAGCAGCGCUCCGAGCAGCAGGACAGCGGGCGCGAGCGGGCACGGGCGCUGGGCGAGCUCAGCGAGCAGAACCUCCGGCUCAGCCAGCAGCUGGCGCAGGCCUCCCAGACGGAGCAGGAGCUGCAGCGCGAGCUGGACGGCCUUCGUGGGCAGUGCCAGGCGCAGGCCCUCGCAGGGGCAGAGCUACGGGCACGGCUGGAGAGUCUGCAGGGGGAGAACCAGAUGCUGCAGAGCCGCCGGCAAGACCUGGAGGCGCAGAUCCGAGGUCUGAGGGAGGAGGUGGAGCAGGGCCAGGGCCGGCUGCGGGCGAACCAUGAGGAGCUGCUGCUGCUGCGGCGGGAGAGGCGGGAGCACACCCUAGAGCUGGAGCGCGCGCGCGCCGAGGCCGGGGAGGCGUUGAGCGCCCUGCGGAGGCUGCAGCGGCGCGUCUCCGAGCUGGAGGAGGAGUCGCGCCUCCAGGAAGCCGAUGUGUCAGGGGCUUCGCUGCAGUCGGAGCUCGCCCACAGCCUGGACGGCGAACAGGCCCAGGCCCAGGGCGCGGAAGGCCGCGCGAGCCCCCCGACCACGCCAUCUCCGGAGACCCAGGAGCCUUGCGCGUCGGAGCCCCCCAGGAAGCGAGCAUCCCUGAGCCCGGGGGAGGUGCUGGAGGAGAAGGAGGCGGAAGUGGCCCUGCUGCAGGAUGAGGGCGCUCGAGCUGAGCCUGGAGCUCAGCCGCGUGUCGCUGGAGCGGGACUCCCUGUCGCGGGAGCUGUUUCGCGCCAUUCGCCAGAAGGUGGCGCUGACGCAGGAGCUGGAGGCCUGGCAGGACGACAUGCAGGUGGUCAUCGGGCAGCAGCUGCUGUCGCAGCGCCAGAAGGAGCUGAGCAGCCCGGGGCCCGCGCCCCGCCGCGCCGCACCCCGCUUCUCGCUGCGCCUGGGCCCGGGCCCGGCCCGCGGCUUCCUCAGCAGCCUCUUCCGAAGGACCUGAGGACCCUGCCGCGGGCACUGCGCUCGCCCCCUCUGGAGCUCUUUCCGCUGGCCAAAGGAGCGACGAGGUCUGGGUGGUCUUCCGGGGGGGUCCGGUGCUCUCCGGGGGGCCUGGGCAGGGGCUCGGACGGGGUCCGGCUGGGUGGCGGGGGCCGGUGGGCAGGACCUAUCUACUUCCCCAGUCUCUACACGUCUGUCUUUUCGGGGCGCUGCUCCCCCCGCCCCGGCGCGCCCCAGGGCAGGGCUGGGCGCGGCUACUUAUGUAUGGGGACGGACAGUAAUAUAUGAACCGUGCAGCAGUUGGCCUCUGUUCUUGGAAAGGAAGGAGGCGCGUGAAAAAAAAAAAAAACGGAACUUUUAUUGUAUAAAAAAAAUAAAAGGCUGCAAAGUGG